ACACAGAAACACACACACAGACACACACUUACAUUAUCAUCAAAAAGAACAAUAGAUAGAUAGUGAGAGAGAUUUAGGCACAAUGUAUCUUCCUCUUCUCAGUCUUCUGCUUCUAGCUUCUUGCUUGACACAUCAAGCUUUCGGCCGUGGUCGUGGCCGGUCACCACCGGAAGGAAGCUCCGACCCUUCUUCUCGCAUCACAGUCGUCGGCGUUGUCUACUGUGACACGUGUUCUAUCAAAACUUUCUCAAGACAGAGCUAUUUCUUACAAGGUGUGGAAGUUCAUGUGAGCUGUAGAUUCAAAGCGAGCUCACCGAAAACAGCAGAGGAAGUGAACAUAUCAGUGAACAGAACAACAAACAGAAGCGGCGUUUACAAGCUCGAGAUCCCUCACGUCGACGGCAUCGACUGCGUCGACGGAAUCGCCAUAGCUUCUCAGUGCAGCGCCAAGCUCCUCACAACCUCCGACGACAACGCCGGCUGCAACGUCCCUGUUUUCCGAACGGCGUCCAACGAAGUUUCCGUCAAAUCGAAGCAAGAUCGUGUCUGUAUCUACAGCUUAAGCGCACUCAGCUACAAACCUUCACACAAAAACACAACUUUGUGCGGCGGCGGCGGCGGCGGCGGAGGAAAGAAACAUCACCGGCGAGUGAGAGUGGAGGAGGAGGAAGAGAAGAAAUUGAGAGAUUCGAAAUUCUUCUGGCCUUAUCUGCCGCCGUAUUGGUUUCCUUGGCCGUACCCGAAUCUGCCGCCGUUGCCGACUCUGCCGCCGCUUCCGUCAUUGCCUUUCCCUUUUCUUCCUUUCGGAAACCCUAAUCCGGCAUUGCCGGCGUUUGAUUGGAGAAAUCCCAUCACUUGGAUACCUUAUCUUCCUCGUUUUCCUCCCGGCGAUAGCAAUCCUUAGGCGAUCAGAUUCUCUUCCACAUUUUGGCUCUCGUCUUCUCCAUCUGCUCUGUUUUUUGUUUUUGUUUUCUUGUGCUCUGUUCGAUCGGGGUUGAUUGUGUUUGUGUGUGAAUGAUUUACUUGUUAAUGUGUAAAUUAUUCUUCAAUUACAGAAGAUAAAGGAUUUGGUUCGAGGAGGGAAGUUUUGAUGGACUUAUUGUUAAUUCAGAUUU